AUAUUGUAUGCUGGGAUAAUCACACCCUUUCCGAUUAGCAAAUUACUAUUAUAUCAGGGAUAACACGGAUAAGGUUGAAUAGAAUUGAAGUAAAAGCUUCCAGUAACAACAGUUGACAUAUCUGACGAUCCGGUCUUUCUCAAUAGACAGAUGUAUAUACAAUAUGCAAACUCAUCCAGAGUGCAAUAAAGUUGUUUAUGCACUAAACAGAAGGUAUCCGAGAUAUGCCAUCAACUCGAAAUUCUGUAGAUAAAAACAAUAAGGACAAUGGCAAGUAAUUGGUCAUUCUGUGGUAUCUGUGAUUUUCGACAUGUCACCAAACCAUCAGUGGUUUGGUGUUCCGAAUGCGAUGAAGGUCUUUGUGACGACUGCAAAGAACACCACAGCAUUUCCAAAUCCACACGUGUCCAUGACACCGUGCCUAUAGAUGAUUACCAAAACUUACCAACCGAAGUUCUUAAAGUUGCACAGUCUUGCAGAAAACAUAACCAAAAGUACCAAAUAUUCUGUAAAAAACAUGACUGUCCAUGUUGUAAGAAAUGUGUUGUCGAAGUACACAAUGAAUGUAAAGAUUUUGAUGAUAUUGAUGACGUCAUCAAAAACGUCAAAUCAUCCGACGCUUUCCACGACAUCGAGCUUAAUCUUUCCAAUAUAGUUGAUUAUAUGCAACGAGUCAAGAAAAAUCGAGAAGAAAAAUUUUCUUUCAAUAAAAGAACAUAAAUGACAAAUUGAAAACGAAAUUCAACAGGCUAGAGAAGCAAUUUACAGUCAUCUAGAAUUACUUCAGAAGAAGUUAAUAAAAGAACUAAACUUAACCAUUGAUAAGGAAAAUGAAAAUAUUCACAAAUUCCUGAAAUCGGUUGAGCAAAAUGAGAAAGAAAUCAAAGAGUUUCAAUCCAGCCACCUAAAAAUAAAGAAGCACGCUUCUGAACUGCAAACGUUUCUUACUAUGAAACAAAUCGAGCGUGAUGUAGCUACAAAAGAAGACUUUAUACAAUCAAUAAACAAAAGCUGUAGUCUGAGCCAUACUCGUUUCUUUUGUAAGAUAGACACAUAUUUGAAGAAUUUGGUGAACAAUGUUAAUAGAUUUGGAGAAGUUGUUACAGAGACGAAACCAAAUGAUAUUCCAUUUGUAAGGCAGAUGGAUAAACAAGCCCAGUUGAUGAUUCCUAUACUCCCAAAGGCAAAUUCCAUAGAUAAUUUAAGAUUAACGUUGGUUCAGUCAGUUAAUACGUAUAGUGAAGAUAUUAGAGGUUGUACAAUACUUCCUGAGGGUAGAAUGGUGUUCAGCUGUUACUAUCCGGGUUAUGUUACAGUAGUCAAUCAAGAUGGAUCGAAAGACUUUAGAAUUGAUUCAGGACAUUCUUUUGAUGUCAUUAAUAUAAAAGAUAAUAAUGUAGCUGUAACCUCUGUUUUCUUCGUACCACAUAUUAAAAUAACAGAUAUAAAAUUAAAGAAAGUCACGAAAACAAUGCAUGUUGGCUCCAGUAAUGAUGGCCUGGCACUAAAGGAUAAAAACUUGAUAUAUUGUGGCAGAGGGAAAGGGUUAAAGAAAAUCAAUUUGAGUGAUAAUUCCGUUAGUCCAAUUACAAAUUCAAAACUAAGUGAUAGUUCGUAUGUAACAACAUUCAUUGACAGUAUAAUAUUCACAGACCCAGGCACGAACAUAGUCACAUGCGCUAGUAUGCAAGGACAAGUAAAUUGGAAAUUCAAGGAUGAAAGCUUGCUGAAGUGUCCACUUGGUAUAUCUGUAGACAAUGCUGGUAAUGUGUAUGUGAUUGGACGUGAUUCUUGCAAUGUGAUAGUUAUCUCCCCUGACGGGCAACGACAUAGACAAAUAUUAUCGGGAAAGGAAGGUCUUAAAAUUCCCUCUGUUUUGCACUAUGAUCUGGUUACAAACAAGUUAUUAGUAUCAAACUUGAGGGGAAAUGCAUUUUUGUAUGAUGUUUCACAAUAAACUAAAAACAAAACUGAAAUUUGGGUGCCCUUGUGAUCUUAUUAUUUUGGGGAUGAGAAUGAAAAAAAUGAUGUAUUUGUAUUUGUAAUUUUUAUUAUAAUCAACUACUAGUAUUCAAGGCAUCAUGUGUUCAUAUAUUCGAAAAACAGUUUUUUAGUUAUACAAAACAAUUACUGGUCAUAAAAUAUGCACAUCUUUAAUGUAUGUGUAACGUUGUAUUGCUUACAGUCUUCAUACACUUUAGAUCUAUUUCUCUUACGUAGCAAAGCGGGAUGUAUAUAAAUGUCUUCAAACCCUUUAAGAGUUGACACUUUAAAUUCAAGAUUUUGUAUGAGAAUCCAGUUCAUUGCACAUUAAUCAGACCUUGUGACACACAAUGUUUUACAAAAGUUUGUUUAGGAGUAUAAAUUAUAUGAGCAAUAAGGCAUAUCGGUUGUAUUGCAAUAAGAAAGUUAUGUAACCAAUUAAAUAGACCUCAGGUGAGUUCUAAUCAACAUGCCGAGCACAAAACUGAGUCUAUAUGGCAUCAAAUAAAUUUAACAGAUCUCAAAA